AUGGAGAAUAUAUAUAAUGAUAUGGAAGAAUAUGGAAAAAUAUGCCAAUUAUAUGAAGAAAAACAACAAAAGAAAGAAAAAAAAAAAAAAAAUAUAGGAAAUUCUAAAUUAGAUGAUAUAUUAGAUGAAGAUAUAUUGUGGAUGUAUGAAACAAAUGAAGAAAAGGAAGUAAAAGAACAAGAGGAAUUUUUACUUGGUAAAAAAAUUAACAUGCAAAAAUUAUUAGAAGAUGAAGAAGAAGAAAAAAAAAAAAAUGAAAAUGUGAAUAAUAAAAAUAACAUUGAUCAUUUAAACAAACUUAGAGAAGAUCCGUUAACUAUUAUAAAAAAAAUUGAGAUAAAGAAAAAAAAGAUGAUUGAUGAACAAAAGAGACUAUUAGAAUUACAAAAGAACAAAGAAUUUAAUCAAAUAAAUAAUUUACUUAAAAGAAAUGAAACAUCACAUAAAAGUUUUAAGAAAGACGAAGAAAUGUUAAAAAGAAAAGAUAGGAAUGAUAAAGAGAAUCAUAAAAAACAUAAAAGAAUAGAAAAAAAAGAAAGAGAAGAAAAAAAGGAAAGAAAAAAAGAAAAUGAAAAAGAGAGAGAAAGAAAAAGAGAAAAUGAAAAAGAGAGAAAAAGAAAAAGAGAAAGUGAAAAAGAGAGAGAAAGAAAAAGAGAAGAAAAAAAAAAAGAAAGGAAAAGUGAAAGCAAUAGCGAAAUAGAAAAAGAAAGAACAAGAAAAAGAGAAAGACAAAGAGAAAAAGAAAGAGAAAGAGAAAAAGAAAAAAAAAGAGAAAAAGAAAAAGAAAGAGAAAGAGAAAAAGAAAAAAAAAGAGAAAAAGAAAAAGAAAGAGAAAGAGAAAGACAAAAAGAAAAAGAAAGAGAAAGACAAAAAGAAAAAGAAAGAGAAAGACAAAGAGAAAAAGAAAGAGAAAAAGAAAAAGAAAAAAAAAGAAAAAGAGAAAGAGAAAGAGAAAAAAUAAGAGAAAAAGUAAAAGAGAGGGAAAAAGAAAGAUACAAAAAAAGAGAAAAAGAAAAAAAAAGAGACAGAGAAAUAGAAAGUGAAAGAGAUAAAGGAGAAGAAAGAGAAGAAAAAGGAAAAAGAGAAAUGGAAAAAGAAAAAGAAAAAAGAAAAAAAAAAAAAAGAGAAAAUUAUAGAGAUAAAGAAAUAGAGAGAGAAAGAAAAAGACGAAAAGAAAAAGAAUAA